AUGACGGCAACAUCUCAUGAGCCUGCUAUCCACAGUUGCUUUGAAGAGAAAACAGGUACAUGGCAAUACAUAGUUGCCGACCCAUCUACGAACAAAGCCGUCAUCAUCGACCCUGUCCUAGACUACGACGCAAACUCCAGGACUGUUAGCACAUCAACGGCCGAUGGUUUACUCAACCUCAUUUUUUGUCAGGGGUAUCAAGUUGAGAGGAUUCUUGAGACGCAUGCACAUGCCGAUCACCUCACAGCUGCCUCUUACCUGCAAAGCCGACUUUUGCAAAUCCAAGGGACCAGGCCGCCGAUUUGCAUUGGGAAGCGUAUCCACCAAGUUCAACAGGUUUUCGCUGCCAAAUACGGAAUUCCGGCCGAAGAGUACGAAAACGCGUUCGACCAUCUUUUCGAAGACGAUGAGUCGUUUGCAGUAGGGCAACUGAGGGUAGACGUCAUGCAUCUUCCAGGGCACACUCCAGACCAUUUGGGAUACCGAAUCUCUAAAAACGUCUUUUGUGGCGACUCCAUCUUCCAUGCAGACAUUGGCACAGCGCGUUGCGACUUUCCUGGAGGCAGUGCAAAGGACCUGUACUCGUCGGCGAAGAAACUGCUUAGUCUACCGGAAGACUUCAAGAUCUGGACUGGUCAUGACUACCCGGCAUGUCCUGCGCGAUGCGAAGCUGUUCCCUGGAUGACGGUUGGCGAUCAUCGGGAGAGAAACAAGCAUGUCUCUAUUGACGUUGCGGAGGAGGACUUUCUCAUGCUGAGACGGGAGCGUGAUGCGGGGUUGGCUGCACCAAAACUGCUAGAUCCAUCGCUGCAGGUCAAUAUCCGCGCUGUUGCAAUGUGA